GCACUGGUGCAUCAGUCCUGGACUCUCAGGUCUCCCAUCACCCAGACCUGGUUGCUAUGGACACUGCAGGUCAGGAACGAUACCGGACCAUCACAACUGCCUACUACAGGGGUGCCAUGGGUUUCCUGCUAAUGUAUGAUGUCUCCAACCAAGAAUCCUUCAAUGCUGUCCAGGAUUGGGCCACCCAGAUUAAGACAUACUCCUGGGACAAUGCCCAAGUCAUCCUCAUUGGGAACAAGUGUGACUUGGAAGAUGAUCGGGUGGUGUCUACAGAAGAUGGCAAGCACCUUGCUGAUGACCUAGGGUUUGAGUUCUUUGAAGCCAGCGCCAAGGACAACAUCAACGUGAAGCAGGUGUUUGAACGCCUGGUGGACAUUAUCUGUGAGAAGAUGAACGAGAGUUUGGAGGCCGGCUCGGGAACCAUUGGCAAUAGCAAGGUUACGGCCCUCAACGAGGCGCCCCCUGCCCAGUCCAGCAACUGCAGCUGCUAACACUGGGGCUGCCUGGACUCCUGGCCCUCUGCCACCCUUCCUGCCAGGACGCUCUGCUCCCAGGGGCAGCGGGGGAUACCUCUGUGUCCCCUCCAGGUUGAGGGCACUGUCUGCUCACAAGUACGGCUCAUCCACAGGGUCUUUGCUCCAGUCUCCUCUGCACACAGGACUCUACACUCCUUGUUUCCCCUUUUAAGCCUGCUUGCCAACUCGUUCAGAAAGAAGGGGAGCCCUGACCCCAUCAAGCUAGGGAUCCGACUGUGGUGAGAUGAGGAGGAGGAGGAGGAGAUGGAGGUAUCCAUCGGGAGCUUGGCAUUCACUACAGGCCUAGGGAGAGCAGACAUGCAUGACCUGGCAUUUCCAUUUUUUUGGGAGAGGGGUAGGAUUGAGGUGGGGACUUAUGCUACAACUGAGUCCCCAGCCAGGCAAUAUGAAUGGGGGGAAGAAGAAAGAGUGGGGUUGAGAGGGGAGGAAAGGUCCCAGCCAUUUCUGCAUCAAUCAGCAAGGCAUUUUCUAAAUCUGUUACCAAAGAGUCCAUCCAGAUUUAGAUGGGCCUCCUCUUGGAUUUUCAAGAGAACCUUUAUGAGGGGAUAAACCCAAAGCCAUCAUCUUUGCUACCAAUACUGGCCUUUGAUUAAUGACCCUUGGACGGAUGUUCCCAGGAGGAGCUGGCAGGAAUAUGGGUUCCUUUAGGUCUUUGCCUCCUCUCAUCCCAAAGAUUCUCUUCACUAGUUGGGAAUAUAUGGAGUGGCAAAGUCAUUCUCUGUAUUUCUGCUGGAACAUUGGAAACUAAGAGAAGGAAAAGACUAAUCCGCUGGUUUCUUCUCACUUCAGGGAACCAAAAAAGUGCCUUUCAGUCAAAUUUGUUUUAAUUUGUCCCCAUCAUGGUCCUGCUUUCAUUCCAGGUAUUCCCACUGUAUCCAUCCCAUCCCCAUCUCUACUCCCACCUCCCCCAGCCCCCCCUAAAGGAUUUCAUUAUAGAAGCAUUGAUAGCUGUAACAAGUGGAGAAUCAAACUUUUAAUAUACAAGUCUUGAGUUUAAUAAAGUAACGUGGACUCUUUGAAAGACUGUGGGGCUAAGAGGGCAUCAGGAUGGAAACCUUGGAUCUAUCUUGCGGGCCCCAGAGAGCUGGUUUGGUUCCAACACGGUUGGGCGUCGUAAACCUUCACUUCCUGCUAGGAAAGGAAAUUGAGCAAAGAUCUGGCAGUUCCCCUUGUUCCCUGGGUAAAUUCUCUUUAUGAAGAUACCCAGGGCUCUUCUGAAGACCAUUGAGAAACUA